AUGCAGCCCGACCCACGAUGCAACCCAACCCAAUUUUAUAGAGAUGUACACUUUGUUGAAGGUCAAGCCCUUGGUGAAAGGCAAGAUGAUGAUGUUCUAGCCUUCCCACCUCUAGAGGAGGAGGAUGUUGUUUUUGAUGUUGAUCUGUUAAUAGCAGAACCUUUCUAUGUUGGACAUGAUAGUAUGCUUCCAUGGCAGAACCUGCGAUUUUGGAGGGAACGUACUACACUUAAUCAUAUCCUCUCUGAAGAUGCUCUGAUAAUUCCUAGUAAAGGAAUGUUGAGAGCAUGUGCCAUUUCUCUUCCUGAUCUUUGGAAAAGUCGUUGUUGCCUGAAUAGUAUUGAAGAUUUUGAUCAUUCGGUGGUCAAUGCUACAUUGGGGGCUUGCGGUCAUCUUCCUGAACAAGAAGAGGGUCCUUGUCUCCCUUUUUCUGUCUGGCAGUGUGGAGAAUUUGAUGUGCUUAGUGAGACAUUUGAUGUGAUGGAGUUUGAUUUUUCAAAACUAAUUUGCGAAUGUCAAGGAAAAUCACAGGUUAAGUUCACAAAGAGGGGAGUAUGCCAUGGAUUUGUGUUAUGGAUUGACUGGGUGAUGGAUUUGCACAAUUCUAUUGUGAUAUCAACUGGUCCAGAUAGGAAGUACUGGAAGCAGGGAGUAAAGCUUCUUAGAACACCUAGAACAGUAGGACCUCAAAGAUUGAGAAGUGUCCAACUUUGUUGUUCUGCAGUUCUCGAAGCUUGUUUUAAUCCAUUAAAGGGGGAUCUCAAAAUUAUACUGGAUUUCUUAUGA